CAAAGGUUGGUUACCAAAUGCUCCAGACAAGCGAUCAAAAGGCGGAUAAUAAUUUUGCCAAAUGUUAGAUGGCGUUCAAGGAGAACAAAAUGGCUGUUAUAGUCAUAGCUGGUAAGUUAUAUUUGAAUUCUUUGCGCGCCCGGCGACUGAGACAAAUAGACCUCCGGUCUUCAAUGACUUGCAUACCGCCUAUUCCUUGGUUGUGUCACGGAAACCCUGAACAUCGACCCGGAAAGUCCACACGAGACACAUGAACUCCUGGAAUCUGUAUGCACACAACGGAUGCAUGCUGGUAAACAAGCGCCUUUUUGGCAAUUUUGCGCCUCUUCACCCACCUGCCAUGGCUUCGGAUCCACGUCAAAAUAGCCACAUUGUUUGCAGCAUGGAAAACCAAAGACAAGUAACCGACACUCAAUCUCGGUUGCUGAGGCAAACCGAGGCGUGUCAUUCCCCCUACAACGUAGUCAUGGAUGAGAACUACAUAGGCGCAAAUCAUAUAAGUUUAUCACAGCCUUGAUAGUGUAAACGAUCUUCUAACAUCAGCAUAGGGAGCGCCAUAUAAAUAUGGUGUUCGCCAGAGAACCACCGAUUCUUUUUCUGAUGCUCCUCCGACCGUCCUGAAAGCAAUCAAGAGACUGGAGUGUGUCGCUGGCAAGGCCUUUAGUGAAGAUAAUGAUUCUCUUAACCAAGGGACUUCAGAAAAUUCUGCGCCUAAGUUCAACGAAGUGCUCACAGUAGGGUACUUUGAAAAGUCACUCAUGGGUUACCAUGAUGAUGGGGAGUAAGAGCAUGGUCAUGGACGAGAACUACUUAUGUUGCACGGUCUCAGUGACCCCCCAAGAGGCUUGUCGACAAACCGUUCAUGGUCGGCAAGCUUCAAAUCUGGGGCAGACACGAGACCUUCCGAAACCGCUCAAGGUUCAAUUGAAACAUCGAAAUCUCGGCGGAAUUACGCGACGACGAAGAUACAAUACUUCGCGUUCCUAGAACUCCACCCCAUAUGAGGUGUCUGGUCACUCAAAUCAUGGGGGAGGUCUGGGGACGUGGAAGCGAUUUGAUGGCGGAGACACUUGGCACUGCGAUCUUUCGUGGGGUGGAAGAGAUUCCUAUCAUAGAUUCAGAAUUGGAGCAUAAACACUUUGACAUAAUUUGA